CUUUCAAUCGGUAGAUUUUUCGGCUCUUUUUGCUGGGUGUUAAUUUGUUCUAAUAAUUCUAGAAAUUAUUGAAUUAUAAUCUUAGUUUCAUGUUUAAUGGUUGUGAUUUGCUGAAUCAUUGUCCUGAACAGAAUUUAAAAGAAAAAGUGUGUUUUCUGUCGUCUUUUGUCAUUUUCUUUCAAUUGCUUCAUCUUUAAGCAAUUCUCCUUCUUUUUCUAUAUCAAUAGUAUGAAAAUCGAUGUUUCGCAGCUAUUAGCGAUUGAGAUUCUAAGUUGUAAAUGUUUAAUUAGAGCCAUGGGAUGUAAACUAAAUAACUAGAGUCUAUGGGAUUGGAAUGAAUUGCUUCUUGCUGUGUAGAUUUUGAUUUAGUGGGUAUAUGUGCAGGAUGUCGACUCCUGCAAGGAAGAGACUGAUGAGGGAUUUUAAGAGGUUGCAACAAGAUCCUCCUGCUGGAAUUAGUGGCGCUCCUCAAGAUAACAACAUUAUGCUCUGGAAUGCUGUUAUAUUUGGGCCUGAUGACACCCCAUGGGAUGGAGUAUAUGCUGAUGGAAGCAUCUGUUUGGACAUUCUACAAAAUCAAUGGAGUCCAAUUUAUGAUGUAGCUGCAAUACUGACAUCCAUUCAGUCAUUGCUUUGCGAUCCAAAUCCAAACUCCCCUGCAAAUUCCGAAGCUGCUCGAAUGUUUAGUGAGAACAAGCGCGAAUAUAAUAGGAGAGUGCGCGAGGUCGUUGAGCAGAGUUGGACCGCUGACUAAUAUUUCAUGUCGGACUCCAUUGUAAGAACAAAGCGUGAAGACAAUAGGAGAGUACGCGAUAGUGCUGAUGGAUGGCUCGAGGUUUGGUUUCUAUGGAACGUCAAAAAUAGUCCCAGUGGCCUGUCUAAAUAACAUUGAACACUAAAAAUGUGUUUAAAACUAUUUUGGCUUUGUUAGUUGUUUGUGUUGUGAAAAUGAAUGCUGCUCAUUGGGCAGCACUUUCAUCAAGUACUCAAAGCAUAAAUAAACCAUAAGUCGAUAAAUCAAACUUUGAAACUUGCAUUUGGAGACUUCUUGAUGAUGAUUUGUGUAAAUACAAGUGGAACUAUUAAGUUAACUUUUG